UAUUGUUUGACAUGACAGACGGACAAAACUUAUUUAAAUGCACAAGGCGGACAAAUAGCGAAUCACUCUGAUUGCUGUCGCUGUUGAAUUUACACGUCUGCUCGCCCGCUCGCCUUAUCUGAAAUCUCAAAAUGUGUGACGAAGAAGCAUCAGCUUUGGUUGUGGACAACGGCUCCGGCAUGUGCAAGGCUGGCUUUGCUGGUGAUGAUGCGCCACGCGCUGUCUUCCCAUCGAUUGUGGGCCGUCCUCGCCAUCAGGGCGUGAUGGUGGGCAUGGGUCAGAAGGAUUGCUAUGUGGGCGAUGAGGCGCAGAGCAAACGCGGUAUUCUCUCGCUGAAAUAUCCCAUUGAGCACGGCAUCAUUACCAACUGGGAUGACAUGGAGAAGGUCUGGCAUCAUACCUUCUACAAUGAGCUGCGUGUGGCUCCCGAGGAGCAUCCCGUGCUGCUCACCGAAGCGCCCCUCAACCCCAAGGCUAACCGCGAGAAGAUGACACAGAUCAUGUUCGAGACCUUCAACUCGCCCGCCAUGUAUGUGGCCAUCCAGGCUGUGCUCUCUCUGUACGCUUCCGGUCGUACCACCGGCAUUGUGCUCGACUCCGGCGAUGGUGUCUCCCACACAGUGCCCAUCUAUGAGGGCUAUGCUCUCCCACAUGCUAUUCUGCGUCUGGAUUUGGCCGGUCGCGACUUGACCGACUAUCUGAUGAAGAUUCUCACCGAGCGUGGCUAUUCCUUCACCACCACCGCUGAGCGUGAGAUUGUGCGCGAUAUCAAGGAGAAGCUGUGCUAUGUCGCUCUCGACUUUGAGCAGGAAAUGGCCACAGCGGCUGCUUCGACCUCGCUGGAGAAGUCCUACGAGUUGCCCGAUGGUCAGGUGAUCACCAUUGGCAACGAGCGCUUCCGCACACCCGAGGCUCUCUUCCAGCCCUCGUUCCUGGGCAUGGAGUCUUGCGGCAUUCACGAGACCGUCUACCAAUCCAUCAUGAAGUGCGAUGUUGACAUCCGCAAGGAUCUGUAUGCCAACAAUGUGCUCUCUGGCGGCACCACCAUGUAUCCAGGUAUUGCUGAUCGUAUGCAGAAGGAAAUCACCGCACUGGCUCCAUCGACCAUUAAGAUCAAGAUCAUUGCACCACCCGAGCGUAAAUACUCCGUAUGGAUCGGUGGCUCCAUUCUGGCCUCUCUGUCCACCUUCCAGCAGAUGUGGAUCUCCAAGCAGGAGUACGAUGAGUCCGGUCCCGGCAUUGUGCACCGCAAGUGCUUCUAAGCAACAACUACAACCACAACAGCAACAACAACACCUACACCAGCAGCAACAACAACAACAAGAAGAAGAACGAAAAUUGACGUUUAUAUAUAGCCUAGAUUUUAUAUAUGCAUAUCUGACAUUGGGUAUAUGUUUAGCUUUGGCCAGGCUAGCUGCAUCUGGGCGCAAAAGCAAUGCGAUCCACUCAAGCGAAAGUAUCUUUAAAAUUACAUUUAGUUGCAGAAGAAGAAGAAGUUGAAUUGGAGCAACAGAGAGACCCGAAACGAGCAGACAGAGCAUCUUUUAUAUACAUUUAGUUUCGAUUUGGAAUUUCAUUUUGAUUUGUUUCUAAGUUACGGAGCUGACAAUACCAAGAACACAACAAAAAAAACUA